CCAAAGCCGAGAUCGCUCGGCCUGUGCGGCACAUCUCUGCCCGCCAUCACGGCCAAGAUUGACAAUGCCUCGACAAGCUACACGGUAAACUCGGCAUGGGCUUGCAGACAUCGUACUCAAGCUGGAGAAGCCUUGGCCGGCUAGUGGCAGUCAAGGUAAGGUAGGCUAGCAUGUCCUCACCCCCAAAGCGUCCCUAUGUGUCUUUCUGUCCCUCUUGGUGCAAGCUUGUAGUACAUCGUGCAGCAGCUCGACCGAGGUAAAGCAUUGAGCCUAGGCAAUGGAAAGGACGAACUUCAUGGCGACGAGUCUGCAAUGAGGAAGCCUGAAUGGAUGAUACGCGAACGUUGAUACUGGAAGCAAACCAAGAUGAGCCAAGACGACCGCGACAUCGAGAAAGGCGAUCCUGGAAAGGAGUUCGAGCCAAUCGAGCCGACUACAUCCAGCGAGACGACGUUAGCGACACCGGCCGAGCCUUACGAGGCGCUCUCGAAAGAACCCGAUGUUACCGCCGUAGGUGCACCAUGUUCGAACAGCGAAGAUGUAAUUGAGGUCUUUAGAGGGAGGCGACACCCGUCACGUGAAUCGCAUGCUUCACGGUCGUCCGGUAAUUCACAGCAGACAGACGACGAUGAUGAAGCACACGACCACCAGGUCCCAACCCACCGGACCCGAAGUCGAGCACAGUCAUCAACACGAUCCGUGAAGCGCGAAGCCGUCAAAGUGCCCGUGUCGGAACGAAGAGGUCUGUUUGCCCGACUUUGCAUUUUCGCGGAAGUGAUCGAGCCUUACGACUACAGUCGAGGCAAGAAAUGGUUCAUCACCUUCAUCAUUGCGUGCGCUGGUGCUGCGGCACCGAUGGGCUCCUCACUCAUCCUACCCGCGCUGCAGGAUAUUGAGCGGACCUUCAAGGUUGACGCCACCGUGGUCAAUCUCAGCGUGGCGCUGUACAUGCUGUCUAUGAGCAUCUUUCCGCUGUGGUGGAGCAGCUUCAGUGAGACGCUGGGCCGGAGAACGAUCUACAUCGUCUCGUUCGCGCUUUUUGUCGUCUUCAACGCCCUAGCGGCAGUCAGCCCAAACAUUGCCAUGUUCAUCGUCAUGCGUUGCUUGUCCGGUGGUGCUGCAGCUUCGGUGCAGGCUGUCGGCGCUGGGACGGUCGCUGACGUGUGGGAAGUGAAGGAACGUGGCCGUGCGAUGGGCAUAUUCUACCUGGGCCCCUUGUGUGGACCCCUUAUAUCACCAAUUAUGGGUGGUGCGCUUUCACAGUCCUUGGGAUGGCGAUCGACGCAAUGGUUCUUGGCCAUCUUCGGUGCGCUUCUUUGCGCCUUCAUUCUGUUCGCACUGCCGGAGACGCUACGAAGAAAGAAGCAGUUCGCCGCCGCCGCCGUCCAGGAAGUGGAAGCCGUAGUCGAGACGGACGAGGAGAAGUCCGGGUCGGGCAGGCCCCAGCUGACGCGGACGUCUACCAGACAAUCGGUCCAAGUCCAGACGCGCAAGUACUGGGUCAUGGCACGACGAGCGUUCGUCGACCCGUUACGGAUCAUCCUUUACCUACAAUUCCCAGCCGUGGCUGUAUCCGUCUACUACGCCACCGUCACGUUUGCAUCCCUGUACGUCCUCAACAUAUCGAUCCAGCAGACAUUCUCGAGUGCGCCGUACAAUUACAGCUCAACUAUAGUCGGCCUGCUCUACCUCCCGAACUCGGCCGGCUAUGUUUUCGCCUCCAUCUUCGGAGGCAGAUGGGUCGAUGCCAUCAUGCACCGGGAAGCGAAGAAGGCCGGUCGCUACGACGAGAACGGCAAGCUCAAGUUCAGGCCGGAAGACCGCAUGAAGGAAAACGCCUGGUUUGGCGCCAUACUCUGGCCCGCCGCCAUCAUCACGUACGGCUGGACCGCGGAGUUCGGAGAAAGCAUUGCUGCUCCCAUGGUAGCCAACUUCUUCUUUGGCAUAGGGAGCAUGCUGAUCUUCGCCCUGGCGACGACGAUGCUUACAGAAUUUAUGCCGCGGAAAGCGAGCAAUGGUGUAGCCUUGAACAACUUCGUACGCAACAUUUUCAGCUGCGUGGGGACCAUUAUAGCGAGCCCAUUGAUCAACGCAAUCGGCAAUGGGUGGCUAUUUACGAUCAUUGGCAUCGUAGCGCUAAUAUCAGGCAUCGCGACGAUAUGGGCGAUGAAGACGUACGCUGAUAGGUGGCGAGUGGGCAUGGAUGCGCGUAUGGAAAAGGCAAUGGGUGAAUAGCAUUUUCCAGAAUACACCGCUUCAACAAUCU